AAGUGACUAUCAAGCAGUAUGUAACUUUUCAAGUGGUAAGUGUGUGGAAAUGAAACUGAAUAAUAUAUAGUAACCAAACUAAUACAGGACUAUGCAAGAAAAUACACAUUUGCACGACAGAAUAAAAACCAUGACAAGUGUUGUGUAUCAAUUAAAUAUCACAAAACAUAGCUAUUUAUUUAAAAUACCAUAAAAUCUAACUACUGGAAAUAAGGGUUUUUCCAAUAAUCAGCAAUGGAUUACAUGUCAGGCCAACCAACUGGCAUUGUUUUAGGUAGGGUACUUGACCUCUGAUUUUGUGAUUUAGCAGUAUGCUAUAUAGUGAAGCACAGGAUUAAGAAGAAGACCUAGUAACCUGCGUAAUCCCAACUAAUCUGCCUCUGCUUCUUUCCACUUGACGUUAAUGUAGGAGAAUUUGGGAGCGGCAAACUGGGAAUGUCAGCUAAAGAGAGGAAUGUGGAGCUAAACAGAGGUUUUGCUUACUCUGACCUUGCUUGGUGAAUAAUGUAUCGACUUCUCUUGGUUCAGAUGCUACAUUGUUGUUUCCUGGUGGCCCAUUCCUGCCCUACUCUGUGUACUUGUGUUUACCUAGGAGGGAGCAAUGGGACAGGUCUCAGGUCUGUUUUGUGCAGCGAACCCCGCAUGUCGGCCAUCCCCCUCAAUGCUCCAGCCGACACAGUCAAGUUUCGUCUGGAGAAAACCUCUAUCUCCAGAGUGCCCAGGGCAGCCUUCUUCUACCUGUCUGAGCUCCAGUUCCUGUGGUUGACCUACAACUCCAUCACCACCAUCCACCCCAGCAGCUUCCUUAACUUGAAGGCGUUGCGUGAGCUGCGAUUGGACGGGAACCUUCUCUCUGCCUUCCCCUGGGAGGGGCUUAGGGACAUGCCGCGGCUGCGCACACUGGGUCUGCACAAUAACCGCCUCUCCAGCCUCCCUGCCCACGCUGCCCUCUUUCUUCCCAACGUCACCUACCUAGAUCUGUCCAGCAACAGACUGACCACUCUGCCCUCAGAGCUGUUGGACCUUUGGUUCCCUCCCCCUGCCCAACUAACAGGCCCAACACAGAGAAGAGUGCUAGGUGUCCAUGACAACAUGUGGCAGUGUGACUGCCAAAUCUCUAUGCUGCUGGCCCAGUCUAAGUACCAGGAGAGCCCUGUAGUUCUGAUGGACCAGCUCCUGACCUGUAGCCGUAGCGGGGGAACCGCCGACCAGCUGGGGGCCCCCCUCACAGAGGCUGACUUGUCGCGGUGCCAGAGGCCCUCUGUCCAGCCUUCAGCCACCCGGGUUACCUCCCCGCUGGGCAGCAACGUGAUGCUCCGCUGUGAUGCCACAGGCUACCCCACGCCAGUGCUCACCUGGACCAAAGCAGCAGGAGCCUCCAUAUACAACACAGAGUGCUGUCAACAACCGUACAGCAAAUCUGACCCUGAAAAACUACCCAUUAACUUGGACAGCUUUAUUCAGGAAUCUCCGCGUGUGGGAAUCCGAUGGUCCAUCAUCAACCUAAAUGGACUUUCGUACAAGGAUGCAGGAGAAUAUCGGUGCCAGGCACGGAACAUGGCAGGAACAGCAGAAGCCCCCAUUAGACUUAGGGUGGUGGGGGUGGUGCCCCCUUCCAUAAAGAGCAAGACCCGCAAAGCCCCUUCUAGAUCCUCAACCAGCAACAGAAAACCUCUCCCACAAAAGCCGAAACGGGCACAGAAUAUUACUUCAAUCUCCACCUCAAAAAAGAAGACUCUUCUGAACCUCAAGUAUGUUACACCCCCCACUCCAACGAACAAGACCCAGAGUAUCAAAAUGGCCCCGGUCCCCACCCCCCUGAAAAAAAUGUAAUCGUCCUCAAAAAAGUCAAACAGAAAACCUCAGAUAUCUGUCAAUAUUAUACCCACCUCACCAGAAAACACUACCACUACAUCAUCUUCACCAGAAAACAACAAGGACCAGAUGUAGUGGCCCUUUCAUCUAUUACUAUAACAACCCUUCUUAUUCUAUGCCUUUCUGUUGGUCAAUAUUUUAAAGAGCUCAUACAUGACCCUUUAAAAACAGAGUGAUCAGUGGCCAACAGAGGGCGUCCAGAGCCCAGAGACAUGAAUAGCAAACUAUUACUCAAACUAUUACUGUUACUCUGUUUAAGUGACAACAAUUACCAUUGAGGAUCUGAUGUAUUCUUUUUCCAGAUUUGUUUUAUUUUGUUUUACUGUUUUUAGAGAGGUAACGCUUAUCACCCUCUUAUCUGUGUAAGAUCUGUACUUGUGCUAAAGAUUACGAGGACAUAUUCCUACAAGGACAUAUUCUUACUAGGAGCUCAGCUAUAAAGGGUAAUUCCGCCACUUCAUAUUCAUUCUCUCCUCCACCAUACCAGUGUCUACAUGAAAAUGGUGCAUUUCUAUGAUCUCUGGUAAAGAGCAGAAAGGUCCUCAAAUGCUUCUCAAUGAAAUAACAGUGCAUGAUGAAAGUAAAAGUAAGAUAUUUUUUUAAUCAUGGCUGAAUUACCGACCGGGCAUGAAGGCCACGUGCCCCCAUUGAUUUUGUUAGCCACUCUCACACAGAUAUAAUUCUAACAUGGCAUAAGUCAUGGCAAAAUGUGUAGAAUUUCAGGAAAUUAGCUUUAAAACAAAGGAAAAAAAAUCUUUACUCCAUGGCAAAAUCUGUCGAAUUGUAGGAAAUGUGCUGUAACACUAACAAUUUUCCUCUUCAUCUCAUGGCAAAAUGAGUAGGUAGCCUAAAGGCAGAUAGCCUAGCAGUUAAGAGUGUUUGGCCAUGAACCAGAAGGCAGUUAACCCCCAUCAACAACUGCUCCCUGGGUGCCAUGGACGUUAAAUAAGGCAGCCCACUGCACCUCUAAUUCAGAGGGGUUGGGUUAAAUGCAGAAAGCACAUUUCGGUUGAAUGCAUUCACUUGUGCAAUUGACUAGGUUUCCUAAUUCCCUGAAAUUAGUUAUACAUUUGCAAAAUGUGUCCAAUUUGCCAUAAACGUGCUUUAAAGUUGCACAAUUUUCUCUGUGCCUAUGGUAAAAUGUGUAGAAUUGCAGGAAAUUUACUUUAAAACUAAAAUAAAUUAUUCGCGGUCAAGAAAGGGGGCCACUAAAAUG